AUGCCUCCUCGUGCUGUAGCAACAAACCAAAACGGUAACAACGGCGCAAAGCCCGCACCCAAAGGGCCGCGUGACCCGCAGCACCCCCGCUCGAAGCGAGAGGAGCCAAAGGCGGAGGAGCCCGCGUCCCCUCCUGGCCCCAUCAUCAAGUCUCAAAUCACCAACGCUGCUAAGGCAUCGUCGGGCAAGAGCUUCCUUGAUGCCCUGCGAGCUGGUGGCACCAAACGUCCGGUCAGUGAGGCCCACGCCGUAGAAGAGCCAGCGCCGCAACCUUCAGCAGCAGCAGCAGCAGCAGCAGCACCGGCACCGGCACCGGCAGUGGUGUCCACGCCGGAGCCCGAGGCACCUGCAGCAGAGGAGCCUGUUGUAGAAACAAUGGNAGCAGCAGCACCGGCACCGGCACCGGCAGUGGUGUCCACGCCGGAGCCCGAGGCACCUGCAGCAGAGGAGCCUGUUGUAGAAACAAUGGCUGUGGGGGUGGAGGCACCUCCUGCCGAGGAACCGGCCCAGCAACUUCCUGAGGAGCCCUCAGUGGUAGACCAGAAGCAGCCAACACCAAUGCCGACCCCGCCGCCUCAGUCACAGGCGCCGCAGCCCCAGCAGCAACCGGUAACUCUCCCUGAAGCUGACACACAUUUUAGUUGGGCCAACGACGAUGAUUACACUUUCGUGAAUCAUUUCGCCCAGCAGCAACAGGCUGCGGAGCCAGUGCAGCCGGAGGUCCCUGCUUGCCGAGUCCAGUACCCACAGAGCAUCCUUGAAUCACAGAAUAAAGGGGCUCGUGUCAUUUUCAAGGCCCCCGCAGACCACCAGACCUUGGCGAGUGCCGUUGCUGAGCUGGAAAAGGGGCGCUGUGAAUUAGACGAUGCUCGUCACACCUUUGAAGAGUACCGCAAGCAACAAGAAAUCGACAUGAAUGAGAAACAUGCCCGGCUUCUUGCUCUUGAGCGUCAGCUGAAGGACCAGAGCGACAACCUUCAGCAGGAGCGAGCGAAGCUCAUUGAGCAGCAGCAGCAACUGCAACAACAACAGCAGCAGCAACAGCAACAGCAACAGCAGCAGCAACAGCAGCAGCAGCAGCACCAGCAAUCCCCCCCCCGUCCCGCGCCUGCAGCUCCUCCGGUGAACACGCAGCACGCGCCACAGUCUGCACCUGGCUACACGUACUCGUCUGGAAUGCAGGACAACAUGCAGUGGGCCCACCAGGCGCGUCCAGACCACUGGUCGCUCAACCAAGGCAUGGCUGCGCCACCAUAUGAUCACAGCAGAUUCUACGGGGGUGUUUCCUACCAACAGCCGCGCAACAAGCCUUUCGGCGGCAGGGGUGGCGAGGCGCCGCCGCACAUGGGCCGCGGCAACCAGAUGCGCGCGAACCCCCACAUGCAGGGCAACUUCAACGGCCGUCCGAUGGGCGCCGGUGAAGUGCGCGGGCCAGUGCCGGACGGCGGUGUGAACCCGAUGUUCGGCCAGCGCUCGCAGAUGGGGUACAUGCCGAACGGUUUCCAGAGCCAGUGGUGA